UGGAGGUGAGUAGGUGUCCCGUAUGGCAGUGUACAGUGUAAAAACACGAUGAUACUCCAUCUUUCCUCCAAAAACACGUGAAAGGUGUCAGCUUAGUUCCUCACACAGGCCUGGAGAUUGGCUGAAGCACUGUGUGUGCGUGUGUGUGUGCGCGCGUGUGCGUGUGUGUGUGUGUGCGUGCGUGCGUGUGAGCCCAAUUUGCGCUGAGUGAGCUCGGCGCGUUAAAUCUCGCGAGAUCGGCCCCUCACGGCGAUGCCUGGGCGAUGCGAUGCUGUUGCUGUUGCUGUGGGUUUGAUUGACAGGAAACAUGUCGGUGUGGUGGGAGCGAACCGGGAUGCAGCUGCUGCCAAGGGAGACAGGGAGUACCUGCACCCAGUCCACACAUCAGCACCUUUAAAACCACCAGGCUUUCCCCACCGAUACGUCUGCUUAUGAUGCGCUGAACAGCUUUUCUUUCUCUUUUUUUUUUUUAAAAAGAAAAAAAAAAAAAAUCAAUUUGAACCGAAAGGGGCACCCAAUGGAUGCUGUGGCAAACCGUGUAGUCCCGCUCGGUAUCUUCAUAUUGUGUUUGAUUUAGCCUACAAACCAGAGACACCUUGAUGAAACAGCAGGAACUACGAGGACUGUUGUUGCAAUGGAGUCGACUCUCUCACGGCUCAAAGCCCGUCUGUAAACCUACAACAUCUCGUUUCAUGGCGUUUUGCAGGUUGCUCCGUUUCGUGGGCUUCUCCACGUUUUUUUUCUGAAUUAUUAUUAUUAUCAUUAUUAUUUAUUAUUAUUGUUUUUUGUUUUGUUUUUUCUUAAAAGUGCAACGGGAAAAUAACCACCACUGCUCGCAAAACUAUGAACGAGGAGAUGACAAAAAGCGAGGAGCAGCAUCUUAGUUUGCAGAAAGCCUUGCAGCAGUGCGAGUUGGUGCAAAAUAUGAUAGACAUAAGCAUUUCUAGUUUGGAGGGUUUACGGACCAAAUGUGCCACAUCCAACGACUUGACACAAAAAGAGAUACGAACGCUGGAGGGGAAGUUGGUGAAGUAUUUCAGCCGCCAGCUGUCCUGUAAGUGCAAAGUGGCCUUAGAGGAGCGCAGUGCUGAGCUGGAAGACUUCCCUCGCCUCGGCCACUGGUUCCGCAUCGUCAACUUGAGGAAAGAGGUCACACAGGAGAUGAGCCCAGGUGAGGUGACCCUGGAGGGCCUGAUGGAGAUGAACGAGGAGCAGGUGUGUGAGCUGCUGCAGAAGUUUGGUGCCAACGAAGAGGAGUGCGCCCGACUCAACGCCUCCCUCUCCUGCCUCAGAAAGGCCCACCAGCUCGAACAACUUGAGGAGGAUAAAUUGCACAGUAACGGAGGGAGCCAGGCGAAGCAGGAAUGGUCCAUCCAGUGGCCCACUUCUGAAUCGGGCAAAGAAAACACUCCAGUGUGCCAACCAGAGGCCAGUCAGUGGAUCCGGUUCCAGCUCUCCCAAAGCCCAAAAGUCCAGUCCAAGUACAACCAGCACAUGUGCCACAGCCCCCAGGCCCUGGCGCCCCCUUUAUAUGCCGAUCGACUGACUGUCGACAGCCCCGCCACAGGGCUCUUCCCUCCUUUGGAAUCUGGUCAUCGCUCCCUGCCCCCAUCACCCCGCCAGAGGCAUUUUGGCCACACACCUCCUCGGACUCCCUUGGUGGUCAACACCAUGACCCCACCUGGCACUCCCCCCAUGCGGCGAAGGAACAAAGUGAAGGCCCCAGGAACGCCACCUCCGCCGAGCCGCAAGCUCAUCCAUCUGCUGCCCGGCUUCACCGCACUGCACCGCAGCAAAUCCCAUGAGUUUCAACUGGGGAACCGCUUGGAGGACACACAGACACCAAAAGCUAAGAAGAAGACCAAGCCCUUGAACCUUAAGAUACACAGCAGUGUGGGCAGUUGUGAGAAUCUGCCCACGCAGCGCUCGCCCCUCCACACCGAACGAUCCCUGCGAUCCUUCUUCUUCCCCUCCUUCAUCCCCUCCACACCUCCUGUCCAUGCUGAAACACCCUCUGCAAACACUCUCUCAGUGCCUCGCUGGUCCCCGCAGAUUCCCCGAAGAGAUCUGGGAAACUCAAUAAAACACAGGUUUUCCACAAAGUAUUGGAUGUCCCAGACAUGCAUAGUAUGUGGAAAGGGAAUGUUGUUUGGACUGAAAUGUAAAAAUUGCAAGCUGAAGUGCCACAACAAAUGCACCAAAGAAGCCCCACCUUGCCAUUUACUGAUUAUACAGCGAGGCGGACGAGAAUCACUCAAAGACCACCAAGGAACAACUCAAGUAGCUCGUCUGGUACGAACCGAAUCAGUGCCAUGUGACAUCAACAACCCGCUCAGGUACACAGACCUGCACAUCAGCCAGACGCUUCCCAAAACCAACAAAAUCAACAAGGAUCAUAUCCCAGUCCCGUACCAACCAGACUCCAGCAGUAAUCCCUCAUCCACCACCUCCUCCACCCCGUCAUCCCCAGCUCCUCCCCUGCCCAGCAGUGCCACACCCCCCUCGCCACUACAUCCGUCUCCACAGUCGGCACGGCAACAGAAACAGUUCAACUUGACGGCCUCCAGUUAUUUCAAAUACAAACAGCAGUUCAUCUUCCCAGAUGUUGCUCCUGAAGCUCCUCCAAGCAGAGCACCGCAGGUCAUCCUGCACCCUGUCCUAUCUGAACCAGGGAAUGAGGGCAACCCUUUGCUUCAAAUCGAAGUUGAGCCCACAUCAGAUAAUGAGGAGGGCAACGAUGAGGACUCAGGUGAUGAGUUUGAGGAGAUGAACCUGUCGCUCCUGUCGGCUCGCAACUUCCCGCGCAAAGCCAGCCAGACCAGCAUCUUCCUGCAGGAGUGGGACAUCCCAUUUGAGCAGCUGGAGAUUGGGGAAAUGAUCGGUAAGGGGCGCUUUGGCAAAGUUUUCCAUGGACGCUGGCACGGUGAGGUGGCCAUCCGUUUGAUUGACAUCGAGCGCGACAACGAGGACCAGCUCAAGGCCUUCAAGCGUGAGGUGAUGGCCUACCGCAACACUCGCCAUGAGAAUGUGGUUCUGUUUAUGGGGGCCUGCAUGAGCCCACCACAUCUGGCCAUCAUCACCAGCUUGUGUAAAGGCAGGACACUUUAUUCUGUGGUGCGAGAUGCCAAGGUUGUCCUGGAUGUUAACAAGACCAGACAGAUCGCACAAGAGAUGGUCAAGGGGAUGGGCUACCUCCACGCUAAAGGGAUUUUACACAAAGACAUGAAGUCCAAGAACGUGUUUUAUGACAACGGCAAAGUUGUCAUUACCGACUUUGGACUGUUCACCAUAUCUGGGGUUUUGCAGGCUGGCAGCCGGAGAGAAGACAAACUAAGGAUCCCUAACGGCUGGCUGUGUCACCUAGCCCCAGAAAUCAUCCAGCAGCUCUCUCCAGACACAGAGGAGGACAAACUUCCCUUCUCCAAACAGUCAGAUGUCUUUGCUUUUGGCACCAUCUGGUAUGAGUUACACGCACGUGAGUGGCCUUACAAGAGUCAGCCAGCGGAGGUGAUCAUAUGGCAGAUCGGCAGUGGGAUGAAGCCCAACCUCGCCCAAACCGGCAUGGGGAAGGAGAUAUCAGACAUUCUGCUUCUGUGCUGGGCGUACAAGCAGGAGGAGCGGCCCAGCUUCUCCAAGCUGGUAGAUUUACUGGAAAAGUUGCCAAAACGGAACCGUCGCCUUUCCCACCCAGGGCACUUCUGGAAGUCAGCUGAGCUGUAACGGAGGCAUCGAUGGGACAGUGUCUUUGCGUGAAGCUCGUCCUCAGCUCUGCUCACAUCUGCUCCACUGCCCGCCUGCCCUCUCACCCACCCUCUCUUGCCCCACCCUGCUUCCACAGCCCCAACCUUUCUUGCUCCUCCUACUUCUGCUCCAGCUCUGACACAUAUAUGUUUCCCCCUAAUGCCUGAUUGGACCCUUUAGCGGUUAGUAUUGUCCCACUUUUGCCAGAGUGGGUGACAAACACGCCGCAGACUUUCAAACAGAGGCCUUUCUCCGCUCUAUGCCUGAAGCCCUUCCCCAAAACAACACCUUUGUCUUUCUGUUGAAGAAUUUCAACAUGCAUACAACAUCAUUAUUGCCAUGCUGCAACUCAUCUUAAGCUGCAAAUAUGUUUUAUUACCAUGAUUGUGCAACAUAUCAUUCUCAGCUUUUUUCUCACAAUAGCUACAAACUGUUAAUUACAACAUCUGGAGUGUGAAAUUAUGCAAAGGAGUCAUUGUGACACAUUUUGAAGUUACUAUGGUCAAAAAUAUUUGGUUUUUGGUUUAAUUUGGUUGCUAUCCUUUGAAGACCUUCUAUCUCCACAAUGAUCCACAGUCUAAUAUUUUUUUAGGGCUUUUAUUAUCUUAAGUAGGAAACGUUAUUUCAAAUCUUCAAAACUGUAGUGUAUUUGUUUAUCUAAAAAGUAAAAAAAAAAAAAAGAAGUUUGGAGAUUCAUAGUUUGCACUGGACAGCGAAGGAUGGCCACCGUGCUUCAAAAUGUGUCUUUCUGUGAUACAAAUUUUACCAACAAAUGCAUUACUUAUACAUUAAUUUCCACUGCAUUUUGUUUUCUCAAACCAGGUUUCCUUUUUUUUUCUCCUUUUUAUUUUUUCCUGUAACCAAAAAGAGUCCCACAACACAACAUGCACCCCUAUCCCCUUGAAAUUACGAAUUACGAAUAUACUAUUAAUUUGCAAUUGCAAAUACAGUUUGGGAAAGACAUAAUGCUAUCUGAAGUAUGUAAUGAAACACACUGAGCAUAAUGAAGUAACUUUUUUCUAAUGAACAUGAAGCUGCAAAAUGUUAUAAUGGAUUAGCUCGUAGAGGCAGAAAUACCAAGAUGGUGGCGACCUAAGCCACCACACUCUGAGCUUUGUAACGGCUUUUCAGAAACUACAACCAUGUUUUAUACAGUCUAUGCUUGAAGCACAAGACCGAAAAACACAAUCUUUCUACAACCUUUACCAAAGGGCAUCACAGUUCUCCACUUUGUAUGCCUAUGAUCAACCCUAUCCAACCUGCCUACUGUAUGAUUUCUGCGCAGUGCAAAAAUGUAGCCUGUGAACACAAUCCAGAAAAGGCAGCAAUCAUGUUUCAUCCUACAGUGAAAUUGGGAAAACAUUUUAGUAGUAUAUACACACUAUAUAACAUAAUUUCUCUGAGGCAGGGUGGAAAUGACACAACACUGAACGUUGUGCAGUUGUGUGAAUGCUAUAUGUGAUACACAACUGCACAGGCUUUCAGAUCUGCCGGCUGCCCAGCACAUCAACAGGCUUUUACUGGUGGCCACUAUGGGCAGCUGCUUCUGUGCAGUCAGGAGGUUUAAGUGCCUUGUUCAAUGGCACCUCAGCAGCAGUGGUUUGUUUGUUGAAAAGCAUUUUUGAAUAAUUCUUUAAAUUCUCUCCUAAAAGAAACACCUAUCUUUAGUGCUGUCACGCUGUUACACCUGCACACUGUACGUCCAUUUUUUAUUAUUAUUAUUAAUUUGAAGAGAAAGAAAAAAUGCUGUUUAUCUCUAAUGUACUUAACCAAGCUUCUCAACGUUGCUGGACAGACUCAAGCAAGUCAUAGCUUGUGAGAAAAGACGGAGGGGUAUCAGUAUCAAACGCUGGUGGAGGGAAUCAAACCUUCCAAUGUGAAUAUCUCAAUUAAAUUGAUUCUAUUACAUGGUCUACUAACUUAGAAAUCAGCACACCCAUUUGUCUGGACUGACAAAUUAAUCUUUUCCCAGUGAGUAAAGAAGAAUGAAAUUCCAAAGACCCUGUACCCACCAGACGAAUGUUACAGUAAAAUACCUCUGUUGAUUUUUGCUCCCGGUGGAAUGAAUGUUUUCUUUCUCUCUCUUUUUCUUUUCGAAUCACAGUGUGAAUCCUGUUUGAGCAAAUUACACAGGCACUAAAAUACAGAUAAUUGGACAGAAUAGUGUUUGAGAGACAGUGUGCUAACAGAUUAUUCAAACUCUUCCCCCACACGUAGGUGUCUAAUGACCUCAAGGCUAUGCAAUUAAAAUAAAGAAAACAUACAGUUCAGUAUUUCAAAUAGGUAAAUAUUUUGUGCAAAUUGAAUAGACUUAACUACUCGCUCUUGACAGUUGCAUUUAACAUUUUUUGUUUGGUUUAGGCAACACAUUUUUCAAUAACAAUAUGCUAACCAAUAGCAUUUACUAUCAAAACACCUGUACAUUCUUUGGCGAGAUCACUUGAAGCAACAGUCAUCAUGAAAAUCACUUAUUUGCAAUUCAGAGUAGAUCUGUAGCACUCAGUUAACAGCCACAGUCACAACAUAUGGCGCACUGCAUCUUUGCACCACAAUGUUCAUGCAAACAUGUCAAUGCUUGGACAGAGUGAAUUAGAAAAGCUCUGGUUUGCCAUUAAAAGUGAACAAUACAGGUAAAUCUUUGAAAGCUCCAGGCAGAGUGAGAGGUGUUUGUGGUCUUCCUGCAGCUUUACAGACUCUUGCUACACACUAUCUUGAUUUCAAACCUGCAGCCCAACCCUUAGAAAAACUACUACUACUACAAAUUUACUUUAUUUACUUUUAAGAGUGCACAAUAACUAGGACCAAUGGGCAUAAAAUACAACAUAGUUUUUUAGACAACAAUCUAUGGAUCUAUGGCACAGAGGAAUAUGUUUUGCUGGUACUUGUAAGUAGGAUAAAGUCAUCUUUUUUUAUAGGAUCUGGAUUUCAUGGUGUUAUGGUAAACACUGCCAUCCUCACAAAAUUGUUCUAUUCACAUUUUAGCAUGUAAAAAGAAAGAACAGGAAAAACAUUUUUGAUGACAACACAAAUAUAAAUUCAGCCACACUCCUAGUCCACCAGCUCCUGCUAGUUUAAAAGUACUUUUUAGACAAUGAUGCUCUGCAUCCUGUAUGAGUGCAUGGGCAGAGGAUGGACCCUAUUACACCUUUUUCUCUCAUAUUCCUCUUAACCUUCCUACAUGCACUUGGCUAAUGGGGCUCUGUUGAGAUCAAACAGUGGCAGGACAUCAAAAAAAAAAAAGGGGAAAAA